AUGUUAUCCCCACGAUUUAAACAGACACUUCAAUUAAAGAAAUUCUCUUUUGACUAUAAAUCAAAAGAAAUUGGAAAUAAAUAUAAUACAACUCAGUUCCAAUCAUUUUAUCAAGAAACAUUUUCUAAUGAAUUAGUUAUUUUUUUAAUUAAUGGAAAUCGGUUUGCUAUUCCUCGUAGCUGUUUACAAAAACCUAUUGCUUUAAAGUCAGCUAUUUCAGUUUUUUUGUCAAUGAACUCUUCAAAAAAAGAAGAAAGAUUUGAAUUAGAAGUUGAUUCAUUGAUUGAAAAACAAUUACCAAUUUAUUUUGAAUUUCUAAUUAAUCCAAAUGGUCCACCAACAUAUUCCAAUGAAAUAUUUAUUGGAUUAACAUUACUUCGAUUUGGUAUUCAUUUAGAAGAUGUUCUAAAUUAUGUUAAACCUCUAAAUUUGAAUGAGUUUAUUUAUGAGUUAUUUGAGCGAAUGAAUGAUGUAGUUGUUGAAUCAAUUAUGUUAUUUGAUCCUGAUAAAGAACAAAGUGAAUUCUUUUUGUCAUAUAUUAAAAAUGUUGAACAUGACUCUAAAAAUCUUGUUAUAUUGGAACAACUAAAACAUUGGUAUACUCCAAUGAUUAUUUCGGAUGGAACUGAUUUUGUUGAAUCAAAUUGUACUCCUCGAUCGGCUACCUCAAUAGAUUCAGAACGUCAUAGUGAUCUUUUAUCAAAAAGUGCAUUAGAUAAUGGAACAUAUUCACCUCUUCUUUCUCCAACACGCCGUUCACAAGGAGCAAAUCCAUUAGGAGUUCCACCUGAAAAGAUUAAGGGGUUAAAAGUUCAGCCAGUAAGAGGUAAUUCACCACAUAAAAAGAUGGAAAGUCUUCCAGACAUAAAGAAAGCAGCUGAGAUUGAAGCAAAUGAAAAGAAAAUGAAGAAAAGAAAAUCAUUUAAAGAACCAUUAAAGAAUAAAGAAAAAGAAAGUGUUAAAUUACCAAAACAAAAAGAAAAAGAAAAAAAAAUGAUUUCACCACUUCCUAAAACUCGUGAAUCACUUGACACAAUAGAAAGGAUUGAAAAAGAUUGGAGCCAAAAGAAAUAUAAUGAACAAGAAGUUAUUCAAUUAGAAGAAAUUAUAAGAAGACAUAUGAUGCAAAUGAUGUAUAAUACUAAUUCAUUAAGAAAAAGAAAAGAUGCAUUUAUUGAAUUUGUUGAAACAGAACGUAGUUUAUUGAAAAACAUGGAAAUGAUGAAAAUUUAUUUUGCAGACCCAUUAGAAAAUGAACCAAAAGUACAAACAGUAUUUGGAUUAUUAAAUCAAUGUAUUGCAGCAAGUAAAUCAAUAUUAGUAACAUUGGAACAAGGAAUAAAUGAAUAUAAAUAUGAUACAAAUUUAGGGGAAAUUAUUAAUUCAACAUUACAAUUUAUUACUCCAUUAUUAGAAUAUAGUAUUAGUUAUAAUACUAUGGCUACAGUUUGGAAAGAAAUUAAAAAUACAAUAAAUGGAAAAAAAGUAGUUCAACAAGCAGCAGAAAAGAUUUCACCACAAACAUUAGAACAAUUAUUAAUUCAACCAGUUCAAAGAGCAAUGAGAUAUCCUAUGAUGAUAGAAGGGUUAAUGAAAGUAACGUCACCAUAUAAUCCAGAUUAUACAACGCUUCAAAGUGCAUAUUCAGGAUUUCACCAAUUUUGUCAAAUUUUAAAUGAAAGAGCAAAAAUGAGAGAUAGACUUGUUGAAGUUGCUAAAGAGCAUCAAAUAGAUUCUAUUGUUGCAAAAGGAAGAUUUCAUUUAUUUACUGCAAAAGGAGAAUUAAAAGAUAAAAAGAAACAACAAGUGACUAUAGAAUUAUGUAAUGAUAAAAUUUAUUUUUUUGGGAAGAAAGAAAAGAAAAACGUUCUUGUUAAAGAAUACGAAUUAAGUUGUGAUAUUAAUUCUAGUACAAAUGGACCAAAUGUGACAUUAGUAAAAUAUAGUGAAUUACAACCACUUGGUAUUGUGUUUAACAAAGAACAAGAUGCAGAUGAAUUUAUUCGACUCAUUCAAUGGUCUAUUUCAACAUGUUUCUAUAAAUUAGAUGAUGAGCGUAGUUGGAUGGAUCAAUUAAAAUAA